UUGCAGUCUAGGGGUAGCUUGUCACCCAAAUCAGCACAGGAGGUAAGUGGAUGGCUGAGCAGCCAUGCCUGUCUCAUCCCAGAAACAAACUUCAGAGACUCUUCUGGGCCCAGGCUGUGGCCUGUGUCUGUCCAUCCCAGGAAUCCCAGUCUCUGAUGUGAGCUUGAAGACACGGCCCCCGGGAGGAUGGGUGAUGGAGGGAAACAAGCUGGUCCUCAUCUGCUCAGUUGAGAGUGCCACAGGAAAUAUAACUUACCUCUGGUACAGAGGGGCCCUGGGUUUAAAUCUGGAAACAAAGACACAGCCUUCACUAACAGCAGAGUUUGAGAUCAGUGAGGUGAAGCAAAGCGAUGCUGAUCAAUAUUACUGUGCGGCUAGCAACGGCCAUGGUCACAUUCCCAGUGAGCUGGUGAACGUCAGUGUCAGAGUUCCAGUAUCUCGCCCUGUCCUUACGUUUGGGGACUCUGGAACCCAGGCUGUGCUGGGAGACCUGGUGGAGCUUCACUGUAAGGCCCUGAGAGGUUCACCCCCAAUCUUCUACCAGUUUUACCAUGAGAACAUCAUUCUGGGGAAUAGUUUAGCCCCCUCUGGUGGAGGAGCAUCCUUCAGCUUCUCCCUGACUGCAGAACAUUCUGGAAACUUCUCCUGUGAAGCCAGCAAUGGCCAGGGUGCCCAACGAAGUGAGGUGGUGGCUCUCAACUUAACAGGUCUCUCCUUAGUGCCCACUGAGAAAGGACUCAGUCAUCUCUCUUCAGGACUCACUGUGUGGCUGCUUGGCUGUCUUGGCCCCAUCAUUAUGGCCCUAAUAGUUUGCUACUGGCUCAAGAGAAAAAUAGGAAGAAAGUCAGAAGAUCCACUCAGGAGCCCUCCUCAGCCUGUGCUCCAAGAAUCCACCUACCCCUACUCCCCCGACCCAAGACAGCCAGAGCCCGUGUAUGAGAACGUGAAUGUUGUAAGUGGCGACGAAGUUUACUCUCUGGUGUAUCACACCCAGCAGGAGCUGGAACCAGCAGCGGCUCAGCACAUGAGGACACACCGGGCAAGUGAGGUCCCUUCUGGAAUCUACUCUAAGCCAAGGAUAAACAUUGCGUACAUGGACUAUGAAGAUGCUAUGUAGAACUAUGUAAACAGCAACUGUGGGGUGCUACAAGAAAGCCCAAGGCCUGAUGUGGCCUCCGAGGACAUGGGGGAAAGGGAUAGCUUGCCAGCACACCUUCCCCACACACUGCCCUUCAUUGGGUGGGUCCUUCACCUACCCGGAGUGAAGAUGGAGCAAAUCCUGCAGAAACCACCCAGGAAAACCAACUUAGACGGAGAAGCCAGAAGCAUUUGCUGGGGGCAUCUGGUUGUUGCCCACUCAUGUUGGGGCAUGAUGAAUUGCACUCAAACUUUUAAUAACAAGAGGAAAGUGGUGUGGUGAAAGUCACUGAGGUCUUGCAGCAGAGAGACAGUGAGACCCAGAGAGCACGAAGCCAUGAUCAAUGGCUCUGCGGGUCUGCUGUGGAGAGAGCUGUGCUUCUUCUGUGUACAUAUCCAAAAUACCCAACAGUGUACUUGUGAGUCACUGUCAUCAACUUGGAAUUAAAACACAGUUGCAUAAAAAUGUGCUGUGGCUACACUUAAUUUUA